AUGGCAACGCUGCUGCCGUUCCACACGACGGUCCUGAAUGCCAUUCAUGACCCAGCGACCAGCGAUCUGCUGGUUUUGGCUCGAGGUUUGGGUCUUCGACGGGUUAUCUGCACCCUUUUGAAGAUUUAUGACAACCCAAAGAACCUGGUUUUGCUCAUAAAUGCCUCCCCGGAGGAAGAAACCGCAAUUGGGGAAGAACUUGGCCUCAUGGGCUGCAGGCGACCGGGUCUGCGUGUCGUAGGCUACGAAACGGCCAAGAACCAGCGACAAGAGCUUUACAAGGGCGGUGGAAUAAUUGCGGUCACGUCGCGUAUUCUCGUAGUUGACAUGCUUCAGAACGAUAUUCCAAUCGAUUUGAUAUCUGGAAUCUUUGUUCUGCACGCCGAGAAAGUGACCCCAUUGGUGCUAGAAGCCUUUGUGAUUCGUCUCUACCGCGAAAAGAACAAGGAGGGGUUCGUGAAGGCGUUCACAGACCAGCCCGAGCACAUUACCAGUGGAAUGUCGCCCCUCAGGAACAUAAUGAAGGAGCUUCAAAUCCGGAGGGUCCACAUAUUCCCCAGAUUCCAUGCAGAUAUCAAGAAAUCUCUAGAACGACGCCGGGCAGAUGUGAUUGAGCUCGCUCAAGACAUGUCGGGACCCAUGGCUGAAAUUCAUGGGGCUAUCAUCCAGUGUAUGAGCGCUACACUCGCCGACCUAAGGAGAUCCAACACCAGCAUUGACCUGGACGACUUCAACGUCGAGAACGCGUACUUCCGACAGUUCGACAUCAUCGUCCGCAAGCAGCUGGAUCCAGUGUGGCAUAAGGUCGCACCACGCACCAAGCAGCUGGUCAAUGACCUUGGCACUCUCCGACGACUGCUUUUCUACCUCCUCACCUACGACUCCCUCCAAUUCCACGCUUACCUCGAGACACUGAAAGAAGCGAGCAACACAACAGCUUCCGGCGCAGCAAAGGUCAACCACUCACCAUGGAUGAUGACCGACGCCGCCCACAUCAUCUUCGAAAACGCCCGUCGUCGCUGCUACACCUUCAGCGCUGCACCAAUGUCUCGAAGCACAUCAGCGAACAAACAGCCUGUCGUCAUUGAUCUGGUCGACGACGAGGAUGCAUGGGCGGCUUUGGAUGAGAUGGAGGGUAAUACGCCCGCUCCUGUACCGUCAAAAUCUAAAGGCAAGAAAGAACCUGUGGUGAAGAAGGAGAGGCCGGAUUGGUUACCGGAGGGCCUUGACCCCGUCCUCGAGGAACUACCCAAGUGGGAUUUACUCACUGAAAUUCUUCAAGAAAUUGAAGAGGAGAUCGUAAGGCAGGAGUCGAUGAAGAGGCCGAUGGGUGCUCCGAUGAUUGGGUCCAACACGGUCCUGGUGAUGACCUCUUCGACGAGGACGAGCCAGCUCCUCACCGAGUUCCUUUCAUCCGCCGACCUCGAUGCGCCCAAGGGUCAGAAAGGGCGAGAAAUGAUGAUGCAGAAGCUGAGGGUAUACCUCUGGUGGAAGAACCAAAAGGCCAAGGAGAAGAACGAGGAGAAGAGCAAAGGCAGCGGUUCCGGGUAUCGUAGCCCCGCCGCCUCGUCUUCCAGCACCACACAGAGGGACAAGGGAAUCAGCGAGGCCUUACAACGGAAAGACAAGGAAAAGGCCGAACGGAACCAGAGCCGACGUCGAGUACGAGGAGGAGCACCCGCAGCGUCACCGAGCGACAGGUCCAAGACACAAGGCACUCAGAAACCUGCCACCAACCCCAACGAUAUCGAGGAGUUCUGGUUGACUCAAAUCGACACGAACGCUACGCCCCUCGAUGCCCCCACAGCCGACACAUCGUCCAUGAUCAUCGACCUCGUCACCGCGGAAUCAGCAGGCCUCUUCGAGCAAGAGUUCGACGAGCUCUACGGGCUCAUUCCCCCAGAGCAGACUGUGCUCGUUCGAGCGUACUCGGAUGACUCGGAUGACCGUAUGCUGGCCGAGGUGCAGCCCAAGUUCAUCGUCAUGUGUGAGCCGAACAUGGAGUUCGUUAGGAGGGUCGAGGUGUACCGAAGCUCCCAUCCAGGCCUUGGUGUACGCGUCUACCACCUGGUCUAUAGAAACUCGUGCGAAGAGCACAAGUACCUCGCAGCGAUUAGGAAAGAGAAGGAAUCGUUUGAGAGGAUGAUCAAGGAGAGAGCUACAAUGUUGAUGCCGAUUUACGAGGAACGACGGGGCGAGGCUGGGAGGAACGAUGAUGUCAUCAAGACCAUCAGUACGCGACUGGCUGGUGGACGACGGGAACUGAACCAAGAGCCUUCGAAGGUCAUUGUUGAUAUGCGAGAAUUCCGGUCGACCCUUCCUUCGCUCCUGCACGCUGCGAACAUUCUUGUGAUACCUGCGACCCUCACCGUUGGAGAUUACAUUCUGACACCCGAGAUGUACACACAAUGCGAGCUGAUGUCAGUACACUACAAGUACCCGAUUCUGCUCAUUGAGUUCGAAGAAGACAAAGCGUUUUCACUCGACUUGAUCACCGACAUGAAAUCCUACGCCAAACCCAGCGGCAAAUAUCCACCCAAGAAGAACGCCGACCCGACCUCAGACUCUCCUUACACCCCAGUCUCUGUGCAAUCCAAGCUCGUAUUGCUCACCCUCUCUUUCCCACGUCUCAAGAUCAUCUGGUCCUCCUCUCCCUUCGCCACAUGCGACAUCUUCACCGACCUCAAGAAGAACUUUGCAGAGCCUGACCCGACUAAGGCAGUGGCCGUGGGGGCGGAGGAGGAUCCAGAGGCGGGGAAAGGGGUGAACACGGCCGCGGAGGAGUUGGUGAGGUGCCUGCCAGGUGUGACGGCGAAGAAUGUGAAGUGGGUGAUGGCGCGGGUGAGGAAUGUCAGGGAGCUUUGUGAGAUGAGUUUGGAGGACGUCCAGGAGCUGUUGGGUGCGGAACCUGGCAAGGCGUGCUACGAGUUCAUGCACAAGGGGGAUCGGAAGAAGAAUUAA